CGGCGCAGGACGUCAUGGGCGUGGCGCGCGUCAACGGCGACCUCGCCGUGAGCCGCGCCUUUGGGGACGCGCAGCACAAGAGGACCGGCGGCCCAGCGCAGUCUGAACAUCCCGUGUCCGCAGAGCCGGAGUUGACCACGCUGGAGUGUUCCGCCUCCGAUUUCCUCCUGCUGGUCUGCGACGGCAUCUCGGAGGGCACGUUCCCAAACCGGGAGGUCGUGAGCCUGGCCGCGGAGAAGCUGCGGCAGGGCCCGUCGAUGAACCCCGGCGCCGCGGCCACCGCGGUGUGCCGCGAGGCCCUGAGGCAGGGCUCGAAGGACAAUUUAUCCUGCAUGAUUGUCCUCUUCGGCGGCGUCGAGGAGGAACACAAGGAGACGGAGCUGAUCCCCGGCCCCUACCACUCUGACCACGCCGGCUUCCAGCAGGCCUACGCGUCGAUGGCGGAGCACGCUGGCGGCACCUUGCCAGAGGCC